AUGUCAGGAUAUUGUAGCGAUUGUGGUGCAACAGAUUUCACACUUGUAGAUGGUUUUUUCUAUUGUGCAGUGUGUAACACACAGUCACAGGUUCUUCGUGAAUUUGAUCAUGAUGAUGAAGGCGCAUUUCUAAUGUCGGCACCAUCAACGAAGAUUCGUCGAAAGAAGACCAGAGCAGGCAAAGGUGAAAGAGAAAAAAAAGACAAGGAAGAAGUAGUUGAUGGGGACUGUCACUUGCCAGCUUUGAAACAGGAUUUUCCGACAUAUCUUGGACAUGCUGGUUUACGGCUGGCGACAUUUACAAAAUUACUUUCACAGUUUUCGGCAAUGCUAAUUCGUGACUUUGGUGUACCAGAAUGUGUCAAGUGGCAGGUGCUUAACAUCUUGCAACAUUAUCUUCAACAUUUCCGAGUAGCAUUCUGUGAGGAAGAACUGGAUGAAGGAAACUCAUAUUGUCCAUUAGUAAAGAACGAAAAAUAUGAAGCACAAAAAAAAGCGAAGGAAAUGAAAAUUAAAGCACAAAAAGAAGCGCAAUUGAGGCGUGGAGAUAACGUUAUCUCGUUAUUAUCAACCCCGGAUAUCACGGCGAAUCUGGAUGUUCAUACUCAUGACCUUGAUGUAGAUGAUCUAGAAGCUAUAAUAGAAAAACGAACGAAAAUAUCGAAGGAUGCGUUUUCUACACUUUUGCGUGUUCCAAUGAGUAUUGAAAUUAUUAUGGUUAUCCUUUAUUUGGGAUGUCUACUCUCUGGUGCAAAUUGGGUGUUAUUAUCUGAUGUUACACGGUGGUUUCGUGAAGGCCGAUUUCCAAUAUCAUUAUUUCAAUCUGCAGCUUUACUUGUUGGCGGUAAAGGAAACGACAUCUUUAGUGCGAAGGGACAUUCUUAUUGUCCGAGGACACCAACAAUGCCGCUGCAUGAAUAUAUACGAACGAUUAUGGUGGUUGCCCAAUUAACUGAUAUUCCGGUGCAACCAGUUUCUUACUCUUUUGACCGGGUCUUAGCUCGCCUUAGUUACAACCUUAAUUUGCCGAUUGAUUUCAUAAAACAUCUAAACACUAUUUUCGUUAUUUCCUCUCCAAAUGUUGUCUUCGAUGCGCAGUUUAUUCAUCGAUUCGGUACUGUUAAUUCAGAGGCGUUACUGCAAAAGGCAAACAAUGCCUACUGUGAUAAUAUCACUUUUGCGCUUGAGCAGAGCACUUAUCAGUUGGAAGAAGGUUGCGGUCGACAGUAUUCUAUAAUGCCAUCUAUCGAUGUCAAGGCAGUUGCAAUAAUACUUUUUGCGCUGAAGUUGAUAUUCGGCCUCAAUGAUCAUAUAGAAUUCAAUAUGAAAACACAGUUCGAUGCAGUGAAUACCAAAGAAGAGCUAUUUAAUUUUGGUCUUUGGAUACAGCAGUUGAAAAUGCGCAUGAAUGUAUGGCGCGGUAGGCGUUUAAAGGAUGUUUUGGAAAAAAGGACAACCGCCCUUCCUAAAUAUGACUCCGUGUUUGAAAAUUACCGGGUGGUACUCGUUCGUGAAAAUUAUCGAGGAGAAAAGGUGUCGCAGACUGGUACUGGUCGAAUAACGGGUGGUCGAAAUUUAUAUUUUAAAGGAUGUGUACCAAAUAAUUUUGUGAGGGAAAAACGCGAUUAUGCACUGUGUAGUACUUUUGAGGAUGAUUUCGAUUUCACGCCAUCACGAAGCCUCAGCAAAGAAGCUUUGUUAACACCUCUUCGUUAUCAAGCAACCCAUCAUCUGGAAUGGUAUGAAAUACUAGAAAAAAAUACUUCCGUAGAUGAUUUUAAAAACAUUGAUCGAUAUAAUGCCGAUAUCUUUUUUAAAUCAUUCAAAAAUCAUCGAAUGGAAUAUGAAAUUGUGAAAUCCUCUGAAAACAAAAAAGUACUAAGAAGCGAGGGUUUGUGUAACUCAGAUAAAAUGCGAACGAAAUGGCGCCAACUAUUUCCAUGCUCGGAACAUUAUGAAUGCUAUCCACGACCACGAUAUUGUCCCGGAUUGCUCAAAUUCACUGCUGGCGAACUAAUUUAUAUCCCUAUGAUUUAUACACCUGCGGUGGACAUUAUAUAUCAGAGCGCGUCGUCAUAUUUCAGCGAGUCGUUCAGUGAUCUUCUUGAAAUUCUCUCUCUAAUGAUUGGAGAAGAUAUGAAAAUUGUUUACACGUUUUUUUUAAUGUUGGAGAUGAAAUGCUUAAUACCCAAUACAUUGAAUGGUUUCGAUGAAAUUACAAAAAAUUGUGAAAAGUUUACAACUUGUGCUCAGGUAGAGCUGCUGGGUGAUGAGCCACGUAAUGUAAAAGUUCAAAUGUGCCGUAUAAAUGAAAAUGUCGCAAGGGCCGAUUUCAAAUUCUUGGUGACACAUAUCGGAAACAUACCAAUCGAUGUGGAGAAAACUUCAAAAACACCGGUGAAACGGAGGAGGCAGAAAUCGUGUGAUCUUGCUCCGGAAAAACGGUCAAAAAAACAAAGAAGGCGACUGCCUGUAGCAAAAUAUUCUGUAGAACAAACUAAUGAUAUGGAAGAGGAAGAGAAUAUAUUCAAAAGGACACAUAACGAGGAAUUAGCAAACAAUUUUAAGCGAAUGAAUUUACAUCUAGAAGAAAAGCAAACGUCACCAUCUGAUAAAACGAAUACCAGUUUCAGACCGAUAUCUAGCUGUAAUGCAAACACAGUACUAAGUUUAAGCGAUGAUGAAAUAAGCAGUACUAUUCCCUCACGAAGACAGAAGUGUCGGAAGCAAGAUCUCAUGUCAGAAUUUUCGAAGACGAAUAUUUUUAAGCAAUCACUAACGGGAAGGAUCAAGAAUCGGUUCUCAGAAUAUUUUAAUUUCGAAUUCGAAGCUGCAUUUGCGCUGACAAUACCAAAAUAUUGGUGA